GCUCUUUUACUAAACUACUUCAGGAUUCUUCUAAUAGCAACCUGACCCAAUCGUCCGACUCAAACUUAGAAGUCAAUUUUUUUCCAUAUUUUUCUCAUUUCCUUCUCUUGAGGCAAGGGUUUAUCGGAAACAGCCUUGCUACCUCUCAAGGUAGGAGUAAGGUUUGGUACACUCUAUCCUCCCCAGACUCCACUUGUGGAAUUAGAAAAAGAAAAAAAAAGAAAAAAAGAGAAAGUCAUCCUCUUCCAUAAAUUAAUGCUAACCAAUUACUAAAAAUUUCUACUUAUCCUACUUUCUCGGUAAAAUAUAAUAAUGAAGUAAUUAACGCACCCCCAUUUGUUUUAGCAAAUUGAAACUGAUGCAGAUUGCUUACUUAUAAGCACUUAAAUGUACUUAUAAGCACUUAAAUGGAAAUAUAACUAAUUGGGAAGACCAGCUGAUUUAGUAGCAAUCUACUACAAUUGCAAAUUAUUUAAUUUCUUGCAUUAACGAGCCAAAAUUAAGUAAUUCCUUUAUCUCCAAAUCACAAAAACAGUUCUUACCAUGAAUGGAUUUCCCCCUUCUUUUUUAUGGCCUUAAUUAUUUUCCCUCUUAAGAGAAUAUGUUCCUAUUUAGCUUCAUCUUGGGUUGUGGCUAUAAAUAUCAUUUCAGAGCAAUGUAUUAUCCAGGCAAAUCAACCACAGGGUUGAAACUAGUUUUAAAGAAAUUCUUUUAAAGUCAAAAUGGUCAAACACCGAAGUUUCUUCAUUUUAUUCAUCACCAUAGCUGUUAUUUUUUUAGUUGUAGCAUUUGAAACUAAACAGGUAGAAGGAGAUUUGGAUGGCAAUGGAUGGAAUAAUGCCCAUGCCACAUUUUAUGGAGACAUGAAGGGUGGCGAUACCAUGCAGGGAGCUUGUGGUUAUGGAAAUUUAUUCCGGCAAGGUUAUGGCCUGGAAACAGCAGCACUAAGCACAACACUCUUUAACAAUGGAUCAACCUGUGGAGCUUGCUUUCAAAUAAUGUGUGCCAAUGACCCUCAAUGGUGCAAUAAAGGCGCAGUCAUAACUAUAACCGCCACCAAUUUCUGCCCUCCAAAUUACACAAAAACUGUAGAUAUUUGGUGCAAUCCUCCACAGAAGCACUUUGAUUUAUCAAUGCCUAUGUUCUUAAAAAUCGCCAAAUAUAAAGCAGGUGUUGUCCCAGUUGUUUACAGAAAAGUCAAUUGUCACAAAAAAGGAGGGCUCAAGUUUGAGAUUAAAGGGAAUCCUUAUUGGAUUCUUGUUCUUGUGUUCAAUGUGGGAGGUGCUGGAGAUGUUGCCAAUGUCAAAAUCAAAGGAUCUAAGACUGGAUGGCUACCGAUGUCGCGAAACUGGGGCCAAAAUUGGCAGAUUUCUCAGCAAUUACUAGGACAGAGCUUGUCUUUCAAAGUACAAACUAGUGAUGGUCGAUGGGUUCAAUCUGAUAAUGUUGUUCCAGCUAACUGGAAAUUUGGUCAGACAUUCGAAGCGAAAAAUAAUUUUAUCUGAUGAUGUAUUGUGGAAAAUAAAUCUUCUUGAAUCAAUGUAGUCUAAAUUUCUUUUGUCCAAUUAAUUCUCAGUACUUCGAGUCGAGAUUGAGCGACAAAUAUACUCGGAUGGAAUAUGCUCAGUGUUAUUCUUAUGAUAAUUUGGGAAGAGACCACCU